AUGGCUCCUCCACCAAAGCAGGCGGCCCCGCCAAAGCUCUCCGAUGUCAAGGAUAUUAUCGACGAGAGCACUUUCGAGCAGAUCCUCGAAAUGGAUGACGAUGAUGAGCGUGAAUUCAGCCACAGCAUCGUUUAUGGAUUCUUUACUCAGGCCGACGAAACCUUUAAGAAAAUGGAGAACGCCCUUACAGCAAAGGACUUGGUUGAACUGUCCGCACUCGGACACUUCUUGAAGGGAUCCUCAGCUACAUUGGGUCUCACCCACGUCAAGGAUGCAUGCGAAAAGAUCCAAAAUUUCGGCGCUGGUAAGGAUGAAACUGGUGCCAUCGAUGAGCCCGACAGUGAGGUUUCGCUGAAGAACAUCGAUAUUACGCUGAAGGACGUCAAGAUCGAAUAUGCCAAGGUUGAGAAGUUCCUGCGCUUGUUUUUCGGUGAACAGCCCGAGCCUGAAGAGCCCAAACCAGCUGAAGCCGAAAAGAAGGACGAGACCAAGGACGAGACCAAGGACGACAAAAAAGAGCAGCCCGAAUCCAAGAAAGAGCCAGAGUCCGCCAAGGAAGAGGAGUCUAAGCAGGAAGAAGAACCCGAGAAGAAAUAA